AUGCUGAAGCUGCUGCUGCUGCUGCUGCUGCCCUCAUGGAGCUCAGCGCUGCUCAGGGUGGCUCUGAGGCGGCUGGACCCGGUCCGGAGCCAGCUCCGGGCCCAGGGCCUGCUGGAGGACUUCCUGAAGGACCACAGACCCGACAUGUUCAACCGCCGCUACGCUCAGUGUUUCCCACCCGGAACGCCGUCCCUCAGCCUCGGACGCUCCCGAGAGAAACUCUACAACUUCAUGGACGCUCAGUACUACGGGGAGAUCAGUUUGGGGACCCCGGAGCAGAACUUCUCGGUGAUUUUUGACACGGGAUCAGCCGACCUGUGGGUGCCGUCGUCCUACUGCGUCAGCCAGGCCUGCGCGCUGCACAGAAGCUUCAGGGCCUUCGAGUCCGACUCGUUCCAUCACGAUGGUCGCAAGUUUGGGAUUCACUACGGAUCAGGACAUCUGCUGGGAGUCAUGGGAAGAGACACGCUGAAGAUUGCGGGACUGACGGUCCUGAACCAGGAGUUUGGGGAGUCGGUCUACGAACCCGGUUUCACCUUCGUAAACGCAAAGUUUGACGGAGUUCUGGGCCUGGGCUACCAGUCCCUGGCAGARAUCCUGGGAAACCCCGUCUUUGACAACAUGAUCGCACAGAAGAUCGUAGAUGAGCCUGUGUUCUCCUUCUACCUGAGCAGGAGAACCAGUACCAGCAACCCAGAAGGAGAACUGCUGCUGGGCGGGAAAGACGACACGUUGUACACCGGACCCAUCAACUGGAUCCCCCUGAGCGCUAAAGGAUACUGGCAGAUCAAGAUGGAGAGGUAUGGUUCUGACCCGUAUGUCCUGGUUCUGGUCCUGGUUCUGACCCGUUUGUCCUGGUUCUGGUCCAGUGUGGCGGUGCAGGGCGUCAGCUCCUUCUGUCCUCGUGGAUGUCAGGCCAUCGUUGACACUGGGACCUCCCUGAUUGCUGGACCGACCAGUGAAAUCCUCAGCCUCCAGCAGCUGAUCGGAGCCACGCCCACCGGCAUCGGCGAGUUUGUGAUGGACUGCGGUCGAUUGUCCAGUUUACCUCACGUGACCUUUGUUCUGGGUGGGAUGGAGUACACGCUGACCUCUGAGCUGUACGUCAGAAAGGAGAUCUUCGGCAGCAGGGAGCUGUGUUUUAGCGGUUUCGAGGCCAUCGACAUCAUCUCCCCUGAAGGCCCGCUGUGGAUUCUGGGAGAUGUAUUUCUGACUGAGUACUACAGCAUCUUUGACAAAGGUCUGGACCGGGUCGGCUUUGCUCGGGCCAAACAUCCCGCUGAAUAAUUUAUCCAUCAGUUUAAAGAAUUUAUUAAUUCUCGUCACUUCCUGGUUCUGAUCCUGAUGCUUCUUGGAUAUAAACCAAACUGUACGAAAUGAAGACAUUUUCCCCUGAAGGAGGCCAACAUUUUAUUUAAAACUCUGAUUCCGGGCUUUAACUGUGACCCAACAAAUAUCUACUUACUUACGUGACGCCAACUGUGAAAUAAAAUGUUAAAAAUUUCCCCAACAUUUUAUUAUUUAGCUCACUGCUUUUACAUUUAGCUAUUUUUUACUAAAUGUAAAUGUUGUGGCUAAAUGCUAUUUUACGUAUUUCAGAAUUGGAAUGCUAUCUUUACUGUUGGUUGGUGGCCUUUGCUAAAUAACAUUAUCCUGCGACAAAAGCUAAUGCUAACGCUGCUAAAAGUUCCCUACAUCAAACUCUCAUUUUUAGCCAGUUAAAAUUUUAGAUGUCAUCUUCAGCAGCGUUAGCAGCAUUAGCAGAGUUAGCAGCGUUAAAGAGUUAGCAGCAUUAGCAGA